AUGGGACAUUGCUCCCUUAAUCAAUGGGCUUUAGACUUCGAGGGCGGUGCCGCUCGGAUUAUUGAGAGUAUUCAAAAAGCUAAAGCUGCAUGUGCUGCUCUCAGAGUUGGUCCAGAGCUUGAAAUUACCGGUGAUAUGAAGUUCUUGAUGGGGUUCCUCGAAGAAGACACAAUCCUGCAUUCGUGGGAGAUGCUAGUUAGUAUCAUUGAUCACCCAGAUUGCCAGGACAUUGUAGUGGAUGUGGGUAUGCCCGUUCGUCACCGCAACGCGCGCUACAACUGCCGCGUUAUCUUCUACAACCGCAAGAUCAUACUUAUCCGGCCCAAAAUGUGGCUCACCAACGAUGGAAACUACAGAGAGCACAGGCACUUCAUACCUUGGCAGCACCCUCAAGAGGUCGAGGAUUACUACCUGAAAGAAACUGUUGGAAGCAUCACCGGUCAAUACAAAGUUCCCUUUGGGGAUGCAGUCAUCAGCACGAGAGAUACCUGCCUUGGCUUGGAAACUUGCGAGGAGCUUUUCACUCCCAAUGUCUUCAUAUCCCAUAUGACUUGGCUGAGUGUUGGGAUUUACCUCUAUGCCAAUCAGCAAGGAUGCGAUGGCGAUCGCUUCGCAAGGAAAUCCUUAAACGAUGUGGAAGUUGUCACCGCAACUGUCGACAUUGAAGAGGUCCGCACAUAUCGCUCAAGCAUAAGCAGAGGAAUGCAAGCGAGCAAGCAGUCACUACUUGUACGUCUUGAUCUGGAUGUUCGGGUUUCUCGCCGUGGAGAAGAGACAGAUCCCAGUCUCACCGUCUCGCAACCUAUCAAGCCCCGUUUUCACACUCCAGAAGAGGAUAUUGCACUCGGACCCGCUUGCUGGUUUUGGGAUUAUCUACGAAGAUGCGGUGCUGCAGGGUUCUUUAUUCCUCUGAGCGGGGGUAUUGAUAGCUGUGCUACAUCAGUUAUUGUCCAUUCAAUGUGCCGCGAGGCUCUCAGGGCCGUCGGAGAGGAUAAUGAGCAAGUUAUCAAAGAUGUUCGUCGGCUUUCUGCGGGUCUAAACCCUAUCGGAUAUAUCAGCAAGGUUGAUCUCAAAAAGUUCAUCAAGUGGGCAGGUCAUAGUUUUGAGCUCCCGGUUCUAGAAGAGUUUUUGCAUGCGACACCAACAGCUGAGCUGGAGCCUCGUACCGCGACUUAUGUGCAAUCCGACGAGGCAGAUAUGGGUCUCACUUAUGCGGAGCUCGGUACAUCCGCCUAUCUCCGAAAGGUGGCCAAGCUAGGUCCAUGGUCGAACGAGAAGCUAAUGCAUCUUUGGGGAAAUGAAUACAAACCACGCGAGGUCUACGAAAAGACACGCCAUUUCUUCUACAACUACGCCAUCAAUCGGCAUAAGAUGACCGUCUUGACGCCUAGUUAUCAUGCAGAACAGUAUCAUGACCUCCGCCAAUUUCUAUAUCCUUCUUUUACAUGGGCAUAUAAGAUGGAAGAUAGUGUCAAGUUCUGGGAGUCUAGGGGAUGGACUACACGCAAGACCCAGAAGAAGAGUGUCAAGGCAGACUGA